UUUGGAUAUCUGUUGAUUAUUGGCGGCAUUGCUCUGUGACUUCACCUCGGUUGGAUUCGUAGGUGUCGCAGGAACACGCAGUGAUGCUGAACAGCUCACGAGCCGCUUAAUUCGACUGACCGGGGCCCCGGGCAUGAUAUAACCGGAGGAUCAUCGGCACUUUCAGAACACAACCAAGUCAACAAACUCGGGGCCAAUUGACAAAGAUGGAGGAAAAAGAGAGGCAACCCGACUUCGGGAACCAUAACACGGACAACUCGGAUAGGGAGACCACCCAGACCCAGGAGGGAGGAAGCCAACAAACAGAACAAGUCCUCGAGAAGAUCAGCACAGAGACCGGAUUUGAGCCGAUCCGCGCCGGUCCCGACAGCCGCCGGCUGAGCUAUGAGACGGCCUCCAGCCUGCGGCGCGAACGCUCGAACAAUGGAUGGGGCGUCGACGACGUGGAAGAGGACGCCGCCGGAGGGGAGAUUGCUCCAUACAACCACCCCAACGCGGAAGCCCACGACCCGUACGAGGUUGGCUGGGACGGCGGCGACAGCGACCCGCUCUGUCCGCGCAGCUUUCCGGCCUGGCGCAAGUGGCUCAUCAUCUGCAUCACCAGUGUCGGCUCCUUCUGCGUAACCAACGCGUCGGCCAGCUACACGGCGACCUACGCGCAGAUGAACGCCGAGUUUCACACGACGCGGCUGGUCGCCACGCUGGGGCUGUCGACGUUCGUGCUGGGCAUUGCGCUGGGGCCCUUCUGGUCGCCGCUGGCCGAGUUCUACGGCCGCCGCCCCAUCUACCUGGCCUCCUUCGCCGGCUUCAUCAUCUGGCUGAUCCCCUCGGCCGUCGCGAAGAACAUCGAGACCAUGAUCAUCGCCCGCUUCUUCCAAGGGCUCGCCGGCAGCGCCUUCCUCUCCGUGUCGGGCGGCACCGUCGGCGACUUGUUUACGCGCGAGAAGAUGCUCGCGCCCAUGGCCAUGUUCUCGCUCGCGCCCUUCAUCGGGCCGUCGACGGGGCCCCUGAUCGGCGGGUUGAUCAACAUGUAUACGGGCUGGCGGUGGACGCACUAUGUCUUGUUGAUCUGGGCCGGGGUGCUGUUGUUGAGCAUUGCGUUGUUCGUGCCGGAGACUUAUCAUCCGGUGCUGCUGAGAAACAAAGCGAAAAAGAUCCGGAAGGCAACCGGCGAUGACAGGUGGCGCGCCCCCAUGGAGAAGACCAACAGGUCGGUGGCGAAGACAGUUGCCUAUUCGCUUCUCCGGCCAUUCCAGAUCCUCCUCCUCGAGCCCAUGGCCGUCAUCCUGAACCUGUACACGGCCGUCCUGCUGGGCCUGCUCUACCUCUUCUUCGGCGCCUUCCCGCUUAUCUUCAGCACCAAUCACGGCUUCAACCUCUGGCAGAUCGGCCUCACCUUCAUGGGCUUGCUGGUCGCCAUGAUCAUCGCCUGCCUCAGCACGCCGUUCUGGACGAAGCUCCGGCAUCACCUGAGGGAGAAGCGCUUCAAGGACACGGGCGUGUUCAAGGACGAGCCCGAGGACCAGCUGCCGCCCGUCAUCUUCGGCGCGCCGCUGAUCACUGGUGGCCUGUUUUGGUUUGGUUUCACCACAUACCCGCAAGUGCACUGGAUUGUGCCCAUCAUUGGCUCUGGCGUCUUUGGUCUUGGGAUGUCGCUCGCUUUCACGGGAGUUUUCACUUUUCUGGUCGACGCAUACCCGCGGUACGCGGCGAGCGCUCUGGCGUCCAAUGCCCUGGUUAGGUGUACUUUCGCAGCCGCAUUCCCUCUGUUUGGCGUCCAAAUGUACGAGAAACUUGGCUUUCAGUGGGCCACGGGGCUCGUUGCCUUCAUAACACUGGCGCUGAUGCCGUUCCCCUACAUCUUCUUUCGCUAUGGCAAGAGGAUACGAGCCAGGAGCCGAUUUGCAACCACCGCAUAGGAGCGUGGGGGGCACAUCGGGGUGGAAACACGGGAACACCGGUCCGAAACCAGCCCCAUGACCAGAGAUAGACGUGUCCAAGGCUGCACUGCACUGCGCCCGGCUGUGGUCUGCCGGUGGUGCAGGCACGAGGAUCUACACCAGGGGAAGAUGGUGUCAG